AUGGGAGAUGAUGAAGCUUGCCAACGGGGGCGUGUCUCAAAGCUCCUCCAUCCACGCACCGGUUCAGCCACUCCGGCUCCAAGAUUCGAAAAAAUAAAAAAUAAAUACCAGCAAGCAACAAGUGAAAGUGACAUGGCGGAGGGACUCCACCUGACAUGCCUUGGUGCUGCUGGGAGCAAUCAACCCAGGCAUGGUACUACCCAGACAGAGUCCCCUGCUGGAGCAAGCAAGCGAGAUCCAACUAGAGGAGUACAUAUAAAAAAACAACAAUAUACAAGGACACCAUCAGCCAAUCCAGGGGGCGAGGGCUUCCAGAUGCAAGUUGAGAUCUCGGGAACUUACGGCCAAGGCCCCAAUUUCAUGCAUGCCAUCCCAGGAGUCCUUAAUGCUCGGGACGACAAACCCGCGAUCUCACUCCGAUCCAUCUAA